AUGCUGCUGCGAGAGUCUUUCAGCAGGUUGGGGAAGUGUUCCGAAGCAGCAGCAGCUGCUGCUGCACCUUUGCUACUGCAGAUAAAAGUGCCUCGGAUUUUCCAGUCUGCUGCUACUGUACAGAGCGCAACACUGGAGUUGACGAGGCUCCAGCUGCUGCUGCAGCAGCAGUCGCAAGCAUUCGUGCCUCUGUUCAGCUGCAGCAGCAACAGUCGCCCCCAGCGAGCUGUUGCUGCUGCGUUUGCGACUAUUAUUGCUAAGAAGCAGCAGCGUUCUGUGAACAAGAGCGAAACAGCUCAUGAGCAUCAAACGCCCGAUUUUGAGGCAGCAGCAGCAGCAGCAGCAGAAGAUGCAGCGGCAGAUAACUCGUCCCAUGCAGUCGAGACCACGCACGAGACAGCACAGGAUAUAAGGACUCCUCGCGCAGCAACAGCAGCAGCAGCCGCAGGAACAGCAGCAGUAGCUGCUUUUGGAACUGCGGUGGCAGUGGUGCUGCUGGCAGCAGAACUGUGGGGGUCGGCUCUUCUUACUUUGCAAAAGCAGGAAAAGCGGCGGCGGCAGCAGCAGCAGCAACAACUGUACUCGAGCCACAGCAGCUCUUUCAGAGGGCUUGAAGGCUCUGAAGCAGCGCUGCAGCGCACUUGUGUGGUUGCUGCCGCAGCUGCUGCAGCUGCUUUCAGAGAUGUGAAGCAGCAGCAGCUGCUGCACCAACAGGAAAUGGCUGGGACUGGCUGCGGGCGUGUUGGAUAUCCGGGGCGCAGCGAGCGCUGCAGCAGCAGCAGCAGGCGUGCGCGGAAGGCGAAUGUCUGCUGCUGCUGCUGCAGCAGCAAAUCCCAGCAGCAGCAAUGA